GAGUAAUAAAGAGUCAGAGAUCGAAGCUCCAGCAACAAGAUAAAGAAGGAUCUCUUUUCUUUUGUAAAUUGGCUCCUAUUUUGCGCUUGUUUUAUAAAUUUUAGUAUUCAUAACUGUAUUAUAAGAUGAGUGUAAGGACGUACAACCAUUCUGUGCUGAUUGGGAACUGGAAUGAAGACAUCUGCUUGGAAGAAGACAAACUCAAAGAUUUUCUCGACAAGAAAGAAAGAGGUGAAUUGUUGAUACAAAAAGCUAGUAAUCUUCUCGGAAACAUCUUAAAAAAGGUUGACCUGUCCAUAUCUCAUGAUGGAUUUCUUCAUUUUGGUGAUGUGGUCUGUCUGUACAACCCAGCCCAUCAAGUAUUACUAUCAGCAAACAUGUCAGAGGCCAAGAUGCAAGAUGCUAAGUGUCUAUCAGGGCCUUGUGAAUUAUCAGCUUCUAAAUCGCUACAACCUUGUGUUAGAAACACUUUUAUUAUUCUAAGCCCUGAUGCCAAUCAAGAAGGUCAAGUAUUGAGAUACGGACAGCCAUUCAUCCUGAGCACACUGCCAGGUGUUGGUGGUGAGCUGAAGGUUCACAGUGACCGUGUUUCAUUUAACAGAGCAGCAAAAAAGUCAAGGAAACAAGAGGUUAAUCUCACAGAAAACACAUCAUUCACAGCACAUUGGAAUUUCCUGUGUUUUAAUCCUCAAGAGCGACUGGAAAGCGAUGGUAUGCCAGUGCCGGCCAACCAAAGAAUCCUUGUCAACCAUUGUAAGACGAAUCAACAUCUAGCGUGCAUGCCAGAAUUCUCCUCGCGCACACCAUUUGGCCGAGAGUUCGAGGUUGCAUCCCACACUUUCUUUGACUCCCAUCGAGCUGAAAAGCCUGUGAAUCACUGGGUUGUACUAACACGAAUGGUAGAAGAUGCUGCAGAACAAUACGAAGUAGAGAAAGAACAAAUGAUGAAACCAAGUCAAAACCUGGAAACAUUUGACGAACCGCCUCAAGGUGGAGCUACGUAUGCAACACAACCAGACAAUCCCGCGCAAACCAAUGGAUCGUAGAUAUCUUUAAUUUAUAUUAUAUAAUUUGUUACCCAACUGAAGGGUUGAAUCAAGAAUGGAAGAUUUAUGACUGAUUUAUUUUCAAACCUUGUACAGCCUGUAAAUUAUUUGUAUUAGUAAAAUGUUUCAAAAAAUCCUUCAGAAGUAUUGAGUUUAUUGUGUGGCCAAAGAUUUGGUGACAAACACAAUAUGCACUUUGUAAAACAAGCAAAAAUAAUUGUCAUGCAGCUGCGCAACGAUUAAAAUGAUUGAAUGAUCAAAGCUAGAAGAACAAUCAAGCUAUGAUCGAUAACAAGCGAGUUUCUUGGCGCGUUAAGUUAGCAUUGAACUACAAAGUUUGUGUCAAGAAUGCGACGAGAAACGGAACGAAAUUCCUCAUUAAACGCAGGGACCAUUUCUCAUUUCUCGUCCCAAUCAAUUUGCAGCAUCCCAACUGUUGUCCUGUAAGGAAUUUUGACACGCCUUUCUAUUUUCCAUUCCAAGUGACCUUAAUUUUGUGCCCAGUUUAUCAAAUUCCAUUUUUCCAGCAAAAAUAUAUAAGGGAAUCAGUAUCUCUCAGUUUUCAUCCGUAACUCCUUCAAGACAAUCUCUGCUGUCGUAGACUAUGAUUCGAAAAAAUGGUUCAGUUGAACGUAAUGGUACCCAAUGAAUUACAAUUCAGAACAUUGCAUUAAUGUUUAAGCGACUUAAUCAAAUUAGCUUGUUGAUGGAAGUACAUCUUGGGUUGGUAAGGGUCAAAGAGAAAGUGCAGGACCACAAGCUGGGGCAAUUUAAGCACAUCUGGGAGACCGAUUAACAAUAAUGUAGGUUACUCCCCCACUUGGCUGACUUAUCACUAGUAACUUUAUAGAUUAGGCAAGAUUCCCCCAAUGAAAACCACAAAACAAAGUAUCGAUGUCCUUCUUGAUGCAGGCAAAACGAUAGUAAUGAAAAGAUGUGAUUGUAAGUUAGUGAUGAUG